AUGGGAAACAACAGUUCCCACAAAAGGACCAAAGCACCCAAGCAGGCCCGCAAAGAGCGGCCACCUGACAUGGACAAGGCCCGACGUAAACAGUUCUUCAGCCACGUCAAGCGGAAGAAGCCAAAUGCCAAGAUCGUGCUGCUUUUCCCCCUGGACAAGCGGCAGGAGAUGGCCGAAGCUGGGCGGCCGGGUGAGGACGCGUCGGGCGCCCCGGCGGUCUCCCCGGAGGCGCCCAUGCUGCGAGGAGCGGGCGACGGCGCGGAGCGGCGCGAGGGCGCGCGCGCUAGAGAGAUGAAGAAGAUCCUCGUCCUGCUGCUGCUGCUUGACGCGCGGCUGCAGGAGGAGGGGCGGCGGGGCUGGCCGCGGCUGUACGCGCGCCUGCUGAACGACGGCGAGGCCGACGCCGCCGAGGAGCAGCCGCGUAAGCGGCGCCGCUGCCCUCGCCCGCGGCCCUGA